GAGAGAGAAAACUGAGGUACAGUUAAAGACAAGUUUUACUGGCACAUUACUUCUAAAGCGACAGAGCAACAUUACUGAGGAAAAAAAGUUUGUGGGAGCAUUUUUAAUCCAUAUAUUUGCCUUAUGGUUACAUAAGGAUUUCUCUGAGGAAAGAAGCAUGCCAGAAAACCCUGGAUGCCACUAUUAUGUCUGGGUAAUUCUAGCCUUUUUGGGAUUAGCUCUGAUUGUAUCACUGAUCUUCAAUAUUUCCCACUAUGUGGAAAAGCAGCGACAAGGUAAAAUGUACAGAUGCACUGAAGACUACAUUCCUAGGGAGGAUGAGUAUUAUAUUGAAGACACACCAAUUUAUGGUAACUUAGAUGAUGUGGUCCCAGAACCAGUGGAUGAAAAUUGUUAUGAACAAAUGAAAGCACGACCUGAGAGAUCUGCAAAUGAACUGCAAAAAGCCACUGCAACUGCACAGACAACCGAGGAAGCACAGGUAUUCUAUUCCUUCGUGGAUCACAACUCUGAGAGGAAGCGCAGAAAGCCCAAGAAACAGAAUACUGAUCUGUCACACAAGGACGAAGAAACCCAGUUAUGUGCUGCAGAUGCCAUCCUUUCUAACACCACUUCAGUAGACAACUUCCCAUUUGAGAGCCAGGAAGUAGAGGAAAAUGUUCAUGAUGACCCCAUCAGACUAUUUGGAUUGAUUCGUGCAAAGAGAGAACCUAUAAACUCGCUGGACUAUGAUAUAGCUCAGUAAUCUGGCUCUUACUGGAAAUGUUAAAGAAAAUAACAUGAUUUGGGAGGGUGACAAUCUAAAUCAUUUGCUAGUGGGAUGGUGGCUUACCUCUUAUCCACAGCUUAUGUUCAUGCACACCAAAUGUAGUGCCAUGAAAAUUAGUUAUUUGAAUUGGCUUAACAAAUGCCUAAGUAGUAAAAUGUAAAACAAAAUCAAGUUCGCCAACUGAGCCUAAUAACAAAGUCACAAUUUCACCAACAAUGCUUAAUACUCAGUGAAACAAAAUUAAAAAAAAAUUUUUUUAAGCAUAAGUAUAUUCUAGAACAUGUUGAAAGAAAAGUAAAAGCCACUUUUUAAAAGGCAUUUUUACUGUCUCAUCAAUACGAAAUACCCCUUCAUUGAAAGAAAUUUCUGAUUGAAAGCCAUGGGACAUCAAAUAUAUUCCUAAUAGAAGUAGAAGAAUCUUCUUAAAAAGUGUUUUUUCCCAGAGGACCUACCUUUAUUACUUUUAAAAAUUAUUAUAAAUUGAAUGCAUAUCCCUUAUAACAAUAAACAACUAUAACAAAGAAUUUAGAUACUUCACUAGCCAGAGACAGUCACUAUGAGCAACUUUCUAUAUCCCCUUCUAGAAAUUUUUCUGGACAUGCCUAUGUGCAUACAUCCAUUGUUUUGUUCUUUCUUUUAUACCAAAAAAGGAAAUGAGUAUUUUAUACAUAUUAUUUAAACUUUUUUCACUUAA